AUGAGAAAUACAUACAUUUGAAUGGAUUUAGAGGUCAAAGGAGUGGCCGCAUCUAGGAGCCAACCUCGCCUGUUUUCUCGACGAAAGAAUUCACUACAAUUAAAGCAAGGAUGGACUUCCAGAUCAUGGGCAAUCCAGCAUCCAUGCCUACCUGUGGUCCCGCCGCUUGAUUUGGGAAGCCUUGUUGACUCUGAUGAGGAGGAUAAUUUUUCACAAGCACCAUGUAGUACAAUGCGUGCUCAUCUCAAGCCACCACAGUUACCUUCUGCUCUGGGUUGGGUUAUGCCGUGUCAAAGACCAUAUAUUCAACGUCAUCUAAACGAAGUGGAACAGGACAUAAUUCCUGAGGAUUUGCCAGCACCAACAGGCAAGUACAAGCUAAAGUAUCAGCAAUAUGCGACUGACAUGAAAGAAGGUUAUAAACAGUACCUUCAGAGGAUGGCAGAAAAGGCAAAAGCCGCUCGAAUGCCGGACACUUUAAAACUCAAAGUGAAUGAAGAGUGUGAUCAGGUUGAAGAAGCCAGUGUGGAUGACCUUGUGACUUUGGACAGGAAAGCCCUCCUACAGCAAGGCUAUGCAGAUAGCCCUUACCGUAUAAGGAACAGCGCAAGGAAAUCAGAUGCGGAAACCGUGGCUGUAGAGAAGAAGAAGCAAAUUGUUGCCGAGCAAAUGAUGAUCGACCACUUAUCCAGGGCUGUCAUCAGCGAUCCAGAACAAAGUUUAAACACCGAGGAACAAGAGAGUUCUCAUGUCCCUCCAGACUCAGAGAGGGUGCCACUUCGAGUUAGGAGACGAACUCUCCAUGAAACGAAGGUGAGAACCACCUCCACAUUAACAGAGAAUGACCUUUCUCAGAAAGUAGAAUUUGAUGGGAGGGUCUUAUCAAGAAAUGGACGUGAUGCCUGCAGAGAACUGAUUGGGUUUUUCUUUACCCAUGACCAGUCGCUAACCGUGUAUGAAUAUCGAAAGUUCGGGAAAAACAGAACAAAUGUGCUUCCUUUUAUUAAAAAAGGCAUUUAUAGUCAUCAGUGUGGACGAAGACAGGGAAAGCAGUAUCGGCUUGGUGACUUCUACACCGGUGCAACUUUGACAUUUUUGAGCUGUGAUCAUCCUAGCCUUCCAAAGAGCAUAAAGGAAAAUAUAUUAUUUAGACUUCGAAUUACAAAUAUUGAUCAAAUAGCUUUGAGUUCUCUGAAAACUACCUCUGAGGAAGAUGGGGAGGACACAAUCAGUCAGGAGGCUCAGGAUCGGCUGGUACUACAGGCCAUUCAGGAUAAACUCAAAGAACAACUCCACAAGAGAGGUGCUCGUAUUUUGACUGGAUUGGGAAAAUACUUUCAACACGUGGACAAGGAAGGAAGCGGGCUCUUAGAAAAGGCAGAUUUUCAGCGAGCUCUGAAAGCCUUUCACUUAGAGGUGUCUGAACAGGACUUUGAGUCUUCCUGGCUAAUUCUGCAAGGCAAUGGCCCUGGCAAGAACACGGUUGAUUAUGGAGACUUCAAACGUGCCAUUUUUGGUGAAAUGAAUGAAUAUAGGAAAUCAUUUGUUCGCAAGGUCUUCAUGAAACUGGAUUUCAACAAAACUGGCAUUGUGUCCAUUAUAGACAUAAGAAAGUGUUACUGUGCCAAGAAGCAUCCACGUGUGAUUUCAGGGCAUUCAACAGAGGAGGAAAUCAAAUCAUCUUUUCUAGAGACAUUAAGAGAUGCCUGCAGCAAGCCUGAUGAAGUUUCAUAUGGUGAAUUUGAAGAUUACUAUGAAGGCCUAAGUAUAGGGAUAACAGAUGACGAAGAUUUUGUUAGCAUCUUACGUAUUCCAUGGGGAAUUUAGUUUUUUAAUAGUGCACAGUCUCAAAGGCACCAAGUAUUUUAUAGAAAAGGUGAAUUUUAUAUCAAAUGUGAUUAACUUGUAAUAUACCUUUUCUAAGGUUUUUAAAUUUUUUUUUCAAAAAUAGUUGAGUCUGGUAAGACUUACUUAGAAAUAGAUGUGGAUAUGUGUUUGUGAGCACAUGUGCUUACCUGUCCAAAUGUUUAUAAAGACAGAUCUUUUGUGUUACUCCUUAUCCUUAUAUUUUAGAAAAGUAGUUAAAAAUUAGCCUUAAUAGAAAAGUAACACCCUCAUUAAACUAUGUGAGGACUUGUAUAUAGUAAUCAAAUUAUUAAUGUAUAUACAAAAGCAAUGUCUAAAUCUGUAUGAUUGUAGGUGUUUUCUGUGCAUUAUAUUUUGAGUGGUUGGUGUUUAUCCCUUAGUGUUUGUUUAAAAGACUUGUCAUAUAUAUAUUUGUCUUCAAAAUUACAUACUACUCUUUGUUCAAUGGGAAAAAUUACACUGUGUUUUUUACUUUAAUUGUCAUAUUAUCUGUAUACAAAUGGUACUUACAUAUAAAUAAAAUGUAGAAAAUAUUGGAAUGUAGAAAUAUUUCCUUAGACUAUUAAAUGAAAAAUUCAAGGAUAAUUCAACAAUAAGACAAAGUGUAAAAGCAUAUUUUGUGGCACAGAAUGGAGAUGUGAUAUUAUUCUAGGCACCUCUUUUUGGUAUAAUAAACAGUCAGAUUGUUUUCUUCUAAA